UGUGGGAUACUUAUUUGUUUCUUCCGUGGCCCUCUUCUUUUCCCCCAAGUCUUCCAUUCCACCGUCCGCCCCAACUCGACUCCCACCCACCAACGACGAGCUAAAUCCACUCCGGCGACGAGAAUCCUGCCCUCCGCCGCUCCUCCAGCCGUCAAGUAUUAGGGAAAGCAUCGCGGAGGAUGGUGUCGGAAGAUCUCCCUACUACAGCGAUCGAAUCCAAUGUUGCAGCUGAAUCGCAAGGGUCUCUUGCUUGUAAAAAAGGCCAAACUAGAGUUCCAAAGAAGAUACACAAAGCUGAGAGAGAGAAACUUAAACGUGACCAACUGAAUGAACUCUUUGUUGAGCUCGGACAUGUGCUUGAACCAGAUCAUCAGAAUAAUUGUAAAGCUUCCAUAUUGGGGGAUACUACCCGAGUACUUCGCGAUCUAUUUGCUCAAGUAGAUUCUCUUAGGAAGGAAAAUGCUGCUUUGCUAACUGAAUCUCGCUAUAUUACUGUCGAGAGGAAUGAGCUGAAAGACGAGAAUAAUGCUUUGCAAUCUGAAAUAUCAGUGCUCCAAAAUGAACUACAGAGGAGAACACAAUCUGUUCCUUCGUGGAAUGAUACCACUACUGCAAACUCCUUGACAAAACCACAACCAACUACUACCGCGCUUCAGAUGCAGCAUCAGCCAAUUAUUAUUGGACCCAUGCAAGCAGCCCCUGUCCAGGAGCUCCAGCUCUUUCCAGUGGAAAGAACACCGCCAACUACCCCACCAGGACCUCCUCCUCAGGUGACGAGGCCUCAUGCUAGAUACGCUGCUCCAUUUGACUUGUGGUCAGGUCAGCUUCUUUCUACUCUUCCAAAGACAUCAGAAGGGGAGAGAUGCGGCAGUAAUAGUACAAGCACCACUAGCAAGGAAGAAUCUGAUGAACCAUGAGUCCUAAAUUUGAUCUUCAAUUGCGAACCGUACAUCAGAAUUCGACAAAAUUUUCCCACAUGCUAAGAUUCUAAAUGAAGCAUUAGAAGAAUUGUGGAUGCUGCCUAGGUAAAAGAAAUUGAGCAGGUGGGGACUGUAUCUAGGUUUGAAUCAUUAAACUGUUAUGAAGCUGUGUUCUCGAGCCAGUUGUUUGGCACACGAAAUUGGCUGUAACAUUCUUCUCUGCUACUUUUAUCUGUACCACUUGUCCUAUUCUAGGAGCAGGUGCUAAGCCAGCCGUUUGGAAUGUCAUACAAUAAGGGCACCUUCCCUUUUUUACUUGA